GCUUUUAACCCAAAAGGGAAAAAUGGUUGUAUUACAAUCAACACUGACUUCAAGUGGUGGUUCAGUCGACGGCAAUUGAGCCAUGGGCCUUUUCCGGCGACUCUUCGGCGCCAAGAAGCCCGCCCAACACCGCCCGGAAAAAGACAGGAGGCGUUGGAGCUUCACCAGAUCUUCCAAUCCCACGUCUUCCACUUCUCAUCUCGAUGCCUUUUCUGGUACAGGCAAUGACACAUUGGAUGCCAACAAGCACGCUAUAGCAGUCGCGGCCGCCACCGCUGCUGUCGCCGAGGCUGCUCUGGCAGCAGCCCAUGCGGCGGCCGAGGUCGUAAGAUUGACAAGCUGCGGUGGUCCUGGCGGCGUCGGUGGGAGCAACCGACGCCUCCGACAAGGAGCGGCGGCUGUUAAGAUUCAGUCCGCUUUUCGAGGUUAUCUGGCACGGAGAGCACUGAGGGCGUUGAAAGCGCUGGUGAAGCUUCAAGCACUGGUGAGAGGCCACAUAGUGAGAAAGCAAACAGCAGACAUGCUCCGACGCAUGCAAACAUUGGUCAGACUUCAAGCUCGAGCCCGUGCUAGCCGUUCUUACGUGACGAAAUCUUUUGAUUCAACCUGCAAGAUAUCUCAUUCACGAAAUGCUGUCCAUGAAAAUGCUGUUAAAGAUGAAUGCCGGCAUCGUGCUUGUAGUACUAAAUUUGAUGGACCCUCAAUCCUAAAGAGAUGUGGUUCGAAUUCAAACCUUAUGGACAUCAUCAAUCUAGAGAAAGCGGGGUUGGGAUCGAAUUGGUUGGACCAUUGGAUGGAGGAAAGUUUAAGGAAUAACCAUGGAGAUGUGCUGCGUCGACAUAGGCAUGUCGAUGAUGAGAAGAGUGACAAAAUCCUUGAAGUUGAUACUUGGAAGCCUCACUUGAACUCCCAGCAAUCUAAUAGAAACUUCAGGGCAUCGCAGCAUAGCUCGGCUUUUGAUUAUAACCAGAGCUUCAUGGCAUACGACUCCCCAAGAAAACUUUCGGGAAAAGCCUCGAAUCCUAUACCAAAUAACUUCGCAGCCGAAGCGAUUUCAAGGAAAUCUGAUAUCGACAACAGCCCCCAAGGACUUUCUGCAUCAUCAUUCAGACCUGGAAGUAGUAGUGCUAGGAGAAGUCCGUUUGCUAGGAGCGAAUGCUCAUGGGGCUACUUAAGUGGAUAUUCUGGUCAUCCGAACUACAUGGCAAAUACGGAAUCGUCCCGAGCCAAGUAUCGGUCCCAGAGCGCCCCGAGGCAGAGGCUGGAGUUCGACAGGUAUGGUUCGACCCGAAGAACUUUACAGGGGUUGUGGGAUUCAGGGGCUAAUUCAGGAGAUUUUGCUCAACAUGUUGAUUUUAGUUACAGGCCUCAUCCGACGUAUGAUCGGUUGAAUAAGUUUGCAAGUGCCCACCAAGGGCGAUGAUCCUCCCCUCCCACUUUCAUUUCCUCGUGUGUAGGCUUGUAAUCAACUUACGGU